AUGUUAGCAGUGAAAUUGCUGCAAAAAUGUGCCUCCACGAAGAGCCCUUCAACAGUGCCAGUGCAAUUGCACACGUAUCGCCUCAUAUCAUCGUCCGGUUCGUCGGCUUCACCUUCAGCAACCGACCCGAAAGCACAGUUGGAGGAUAGACAGAAGUCGAUUGAGGAGCAAGUUAAUCCGUCGUUCUUUCAGAUGGUUGACUAUUACUUCGAUAAAGGAUCUGCAGUGAUUGAGCCAAAACUGAUCAGUGAGGAGACUGGUGGGGAGAAAAAACAGGAUCUUGUACGAGGAAUUCUAGCCAACAUAAAGCCUGCCAACAAGGUACUGCAUAUUACUUUCCCAAUACGUCGCGAUAAUGGCAAAUUUGAACUGAUCGAGGCAUGGCGUGCUCAACAUAGUGAACAUCGAACUCCAACAAAAGGCGGAAUUCGAUAUUCGGAAGAUGUAUGUGAGGAUGAAGUGCGAGCGUUAUCUGCACUCAUGACCUAUAAAUGCUCUGUUGUGGAUGUGCCUUUCGGUGGUGCGAAAGGUGGAAUAAAGAUAGAUCCAAGGAAAUAUACAGAAUAUGAGAUAGAGAAGAUCACACGAAGAGUUGCAAUCGAGUUCGCGAAGAAAGGUUUUCUGGGACCUGGAGUCGACGUUCCGGCACCAGAUAUGGGAAGUGGUGAGCGUGAAAUGGGAUGGAUCGCGGACACUUACGCGCAGACAAUCGGUCAUUUGGAUAAAGAUGCGUCUGCGUGCGUUACCGGAAAACCGAUCGUUACCGGAGGAAUUCAUGGACGCGUUUCUGCAACUGGACGAGGCGUUUGGCAAGGCUUGGAGGUGUUCUUGAAUAACAAAGAAAUAAUGUCAGCAAUUAAAUCCGACCUUGGUCUACAAGGCAAAACGUUCAUUGUUCAGGGUUUCGGCAAUGUUGGUCUGCAUACAAUGCGUUAUUUGCACCGCGCUGGCGCUAUCUGCGUUGGUGUACAAGAGUGGGAUGGUGCUAUCCAGAAUCCGCAAGGAAUUCAUCCGAAAGAACUGGAAAAUUGGAAACUUGAAAACGGCACCAUCAAAGGUUUUCCAAAUGCAACGAAUUUCGAACCAUUCGAAGAGCUGAUGUUCCAAAAAUGUGAUAUUCUCGUACCGGCGGCUUGCGAAAAAGUCAUUCAUAAAGAGAAUGCUCACAAAAUCCAAGCGAAGAUAAUUGCCGAGGCGGCGAACGGCCCGGUCACUCCAGCUGCCGACAAAAUGCUUCUGAGCCGCGGUGAUUGCUUUAUCAUACCUGAUAUGUUUUUGAAUAGUGGUGGUGUGACGGUAUCGUACUUUGAGUGGUUGAAGAAUCUGAAUCACGUCAGCUUCGGUCGGCUCACGUUCAAAUAUGAGAAGGACUCAAAUUAUCAUCUGUUGGAUAGUGUGGAGGAAUCUUUGAAUCGCUCGAUGCAUGACAGGGUGCACAUACAACCAUCGAAAGCAUUCAGAGCCCGAAUUGCGGGCGCUUCGGAAAAGGAUAUCGUACAUUCUGGACUCGCAUACACUAUGCAACGAUCAGGCAAAGCAAUAAUCAAAACGGCUAAGAAAUACGAUUUGGGACUUGACUUCCGUACAGCGGCCUAUGUGAACUCGAUUGAGAAAGUCUAUCGGACGUAUCGUACCUCAGGAUUCACGUUCACGUAA